AUGGCAUCACAGAUCCCUACACAGGACGUGCACCGCCUGGCACGCGAAGGAAACGCCAGUCUGCUGCGGAUGGCGUUGGAGGUCAAUGCAGAUCUUGUUGCUUCAGUUGAUUCGGACUCCCGCACGCCUCUCCAAAACUCCCUUUCAGCCAUUCCUCCCUCCGUCGCCUGUGUCGAAGCCUGCCUCGACGCCUUCAACAAUCUUUCCGACGGCGGAUUCGGCGAGAAGCGGAGGACGAAGGUGUUGGAGAAUCAGGACGAGGUGGGGAAUACGGCUUUAAUGAGUGCGGCUGCUAUCGGUAACCUCGAGAUCCUCACUCUCCUCAUUGGCGCCGGAGCGGAUGUCAACGCGGUCAACAACAAGGAGCAGACUGCGCUACACUAUGCCGCGUCGAAGGGACACGUGAACAUCGGGCGCCUACUGAUCUCGAAAGGAGCGGACAUCAACGCUCGCGACCGGGCGAACCAGCUUCCCUUACACCGAGCCGCCUCGACAGGCUCCGUCCCCUUCAUCCACCUCAUCCUCGCGUCGAAGUCGCCGAACAAGCCUGAGAAGCCUCGACUGAACUUGCUCGACCGUGCCGGCAACACCCCUCUCCACCUCGCCAUCGAGUCAGGACACGCAGAAGCAGCCGUCACGCUCAUCGAAGGCGGCGCAGACCGGGAUCGAGGAGAUGCGGACGGGACUCGGCCGGAGGAGAUUGAGGGCGUCGGCGGAACGGAGGCGAAGCGAGUGCGGGAGUACAUCGUUCAACGAUGCGGUCCUCUCCAGGCCCUUUAG